AUGCCUACCACCACGAUUACACCCCCGUUAACAACGACUACCACGCCUACCACUCCGACAACAACAGCCACACCUACCACAACGACAACCACUCCGAGAACUAUGGCAACCACGCCUACCAAAAUCACAACAACUCCAUCAACCGCGACUACCACGUUUACAGUUAUCCCUACUUCUACCGAUGCCACGCCUACAACUAUGACAAUUCCUACGUCAACUACAACAGCCACGCCUUCCACAACCACACCUAACGCUGAGACCACCUCUCCGACAACUAUGGAAACCACGCCAACCACUGAAACAACUCUGCCUUCCACUGAGGCAACUACUCCAUCAUCUACGACAUCCAUGCCCGUUACAACCACAGCAACACCUAUCAAUAUUGCAACCAUGACAACCAGUGCAACAACCCUGUCUACCACUAUCACAACCUCACCAUCAACUACGUCAUUCUCGCCGAUCACAACCCCUCAAUCAACGAUGACAUCGACGCCCAUCACAAGCGCUCCUACAACUACAGCAUCCACACACAUCACAGCCACAACUACAUUUGUCAACAAUACAACCACUUUGUCAUCUGUAACAACCAUANGUAUAGGCUUUAAGUUAAUCCGAACGCAGCCAGGCAGAAUGGAUAAGGUACAAAGGUGA